CUCAAACUCUCCACAGACCGCAGUUCGGUGUCGAGAAUAUAUUUUAGUAUUUACCACAAUAAUAUUAUGAUACUUUCAUGACGAAUUUGAAAUGUUGGCAUGUAAUAUUAUGGUUUCACGUCGGACGUUUAAUGUGUAAAUAGCCAUUGCUUUUGCCAUUCCAAUGGCUGCCAAUUGUGAGAAACGGUUGUUGAAACAAUUUCUUGACGGGAUCGAAACAAAUGUAUUAUGCAAAAUCGUCCGAUCUAUCUACCACGGUGGUGGAAUCUCUGUGAAUACCAGAGAAGAUGCUGAAUUGUUACUAUUGUCUCAACCUACUGUGCGGGUAUUGUCCAAUAAAAAGGUACAAAUAACUGCGUUGUUGAAAUUUUUAAUUUCAAAAGGCUUAAUACCUACUACUGAUAUGACAAAAGAAGAUUUGUGUUUGGCUUUUAAGUCAUUAAUCGAAAGUCAACCAGACUAUAUAAGACCGCCAGUACAACCAAUUCAAAUGUCUGUCCCUAAUAAUAUGCUUGCAGUUUCUCAGAAUAAUAAUAUGAUGCAUACUCAACCAUAUCAAACAGCCAUCCAACAGAUGCCUAUGCCAACACCAAUUACUAGUGCCCUAGAACCCAAUACAAAAUCUCGAAAAGAUCAUGAUAAUGAAUUACUAGAAGAAUUUAUUGAAAUGUUUGCUAAACAUUUUUAUGAUUUAUUAAAUGAUCUUGGCAUCCCAGGAAAAAAUCAACUGGACUGUCGUCAUUUUUAUGAAAAUUGUACAAUGUCGUUGAAAAUUCUUGGUGGCAGCAAUGAAAUCCAUGAAACUUGUGAAGAUUCCACAUCUGUAUUGCAGUGCUUGUUAAGUAUCAAGAAAGAACACAUACUUUUUUUUUCACCACAUUUAGGCGAUGUUAAAUGGAAAAAAGAGUCACACGGUUUAGUAAAAGUGCAUAUUGGUGGUACACUCCAUCAAGGUGUCGGAAGAAUGGUUGGAAUGUUUGAACAGCAAUUCAUACUUAGAGAAGAUCCUCAAGCAGAAAACACAUGGAAAAUUCUUAACACCAAUUUUAUGAUGAAAAGUAUGGACUUAAUAACAGCUGGACCUAAUUUAAGCAUUCAAGGACCUCAUCAAGCUAACCAUUUACAAAUUGAUAAUGUGUAAUUGUGCUGUCAGUAAAUUAGUGGUUCAUCGUACACAUCAGGACAGGUAUAAGCAUGUGUAGUGGUCCAGCCUACAUAUUGUGGAGUACAAUGGUGAUAGACGACAAGGACACAAGGUGUAAUAAUUUCUAAGUCAAUUUUGAUUAUUUUGAACAUAGACUUUAUUUGGCAUGUAAAACUGAUAGAAUAAUUUAUAACACUGAAAUUUCUUCAGAGAGUCGACUGGCGUGAAGGUGCUUGUACUGGCUCUGGUAAAUCACGUCUGAAUAGCGGUUGGCUGGGUCCCUGUUUUAUAAGAGCCUAAACUCCACUCCUCUCCUAUCGAUAAGAUAGCGCUGACCCCGUUUACUAUUGCACGUGUGCGUACGAGUUCCAAGAAAUGGUCUCUUCCUAUGCGGCUGUUGAUAUCGAUAUUUGGCAUUGUAUUAUUCAAUGGAUAUGUAUUAUAAUAUUACAAUAUUAUAUUGUUAAAAAACACUAAAUUAUCUCAAUAAAGUUGAACAACAAGUUUUAGCUAAAGAAAACAAUAUUAUUUAUUAUAACUAUCAUUUACAAUACUUAGGGUU